CCGAGUCUUCCCUUGGGCUAGAAGUGGGUUUGCUGUGGGGCAGCCAUGGGGCCUGGCCUGAUCCUGCCAGCGACUCUCCUCCUGAUGGUGCAUCUUUGUCUCACCCUGGUCCAUGGAACAGAAGGCAGACUCCCGCCCCCUGCCGCCCGUUUCCUGCACCAGGGCAAACUCGAGUGCCGCUUCGCCAACGGGACUCGGGGCGAGGUGCGCUACCUGCAGAGGUACAUCUACGACCGCCAGGAGUUCGUGCGCUUCGACAGCCGCCGCGGGACCUACGAGGCCGUCACGGAGCUGGGCCGGCCCGAGGCCGACGCCUGGAACAGCCAGAAGGAGACCCUGGACUACCUGCGGGGCGCCGUGGAUCGCUACUGCCGCUACAACUACCGGGCGUGGGAGGGGAUCCUCACCACCAAGGCUCAGCCCACAGUGAAAAUCUCCUUCACCAAGGCAGAGACCCUGUCCCACCCCAGCCUCCUGAUCUGCACCGCGGCAGGAUAUUACCCCUCUGAAAUUAAUUUCAAGUGGCUGAAGAAUGGGCAGGAGCAGACGGAGGGGUUGGGAUACUCGGAGGAGUUCCAGAACGGAGACUGGACCUUCAUGAACCAGGUGAUGCUGGAGACGGUGCCUGAGCGGGGAGACGUCUACACCUGCCAGGUGGAGCACAGCAGCCUAACGGAGCCCAUCACCGUGCAGUGGGAGCCACGGAGGUCGGACUCUGCCAAGAGCAAAGUGUGGACGGGGGCUGUGGGGGCUGUGCUGGGGGCGGUCUUUGUGGCCGUGGGACUCUCCCUCUACCUGAAGAAGAGAAAAGCACUUCCCGCCACACGUGCCACAGGCCUCAUCAGUUAACCCCCUAACAGCUCCAGAUCUUGCAUCCGGAAAUCCUUUUUCUUUAGCAAAAAACAAAAAGAGGAAGACUGAAAGAUCUAAACUCUCCCCUAGAGUCGUCCACCAUCCUGAAUUCUUGUUCUUGAUCCUUCUCAAGUAGCACUUACUGGCUGCCCUCUGGUUAUUAAUUUAUUGUACUGAAGGGCUUGAAUGUUUUUUGAUGUUUUUACUGUUUUAUAAUGUACAAUUUUUAUACAUGUUUUUAAAUCGUCGUAAUAUGCCCUGGGCCCGCCUGUGGGGAUGGCGAAAUAAAAAUCUAAAAUAA